AUGGCAUCCCAAAUGUCAAUUGUGAAUAGUGCUCGUGCGGAAUGGCGGGCAAUUUCAAUUAGUUUAUUCAUUACAAUUGCUGCUUUCCAAUUUGGAUUUUGUCGCGCUGAUCUCAUGUCAGGUAUCCUUGUUAUGGACCCCUUUAUUAAGGCCUAUGGUCAUUACGACACCCAUGCCAAUGCAUAUGUUCUGAGCUCCAGAAUCCAGUCAAUCACCACUAGUAUCAUCAAUGUCGGGGAAUUUAUCGGCGCUGCCUCGUCUUUCGUGAUAGACGAUAGAAUUGGCCGCCGUGGCGGAAUGCUUUUUUCUAGUGUUUUUGUGGUGAUCGGUGUGAUAUUUCAGGUUUCUGCAAAUAAUUUAGGUCUACUGAUUGCCGGUCGACUGAUACUGGGUUAUGCUGUGGGAUUAAUUUCCUGUUUGGUUCCAUUAUACGUGGCAGACUGCUCGCCGGCUCAUUUCCGUGGAGCGUUGGUGUCUAUUUAUCAAUUCGAUGUGGGAUUGGGUCUACUUCUUGGAAUUAUUGUCGACAACGCCACGAAGGAUCGCAAGGACAAUGGUGCUUAUCGGACUCCGAUGACUGUCCAGCUUAUUUUUCCAAUAAUCCUUGUUCCUGGUCUGAUCUUAUUUGCUCCCGAGUCCCCUCGAUGGCUGUUAAGCAAGGGAAAGGUCGAAGAAGCCAGGAAUUCCCUUCAAAGACUUUAUGGCUAUCGUCCCGAUUAUAUUGAGCGCCAAAUACAAGAUAUCAUGCAACUCAUUAUCAAGGAUCGUGUGCCCAAAAGUUCCUGGAAAGACAUGUUCAAUUGGAACACUGAUGGGCGAAAAGCUUAUCUUGGAAUGGCCUUGCAAGGUAAGGAAGCGGUGAAGCUCAUCACAAUUCUCAAUCCUCUUUGGCUGAUCAGAUUCAAUAUAGCCUGGCAACAAGCUUCCGGUAUCAACUUUAUCACGAGCUAUGGUAUUUUGUUCUUUAACGCGAUCGGAAUAACUAACUCUUUCCUCAUUCAAAUGGGAUUAUACUUGGCUCCAAUGCCGGCGAUAUGGAUCAAUCAAUACUGUAUUGAACGUUUUGGUCGUCGCUCAAUGCUACUUCUAUCAGCCUUUGGAGUUGCAGUGGUGCUUUUGGUUGUUGGAAGUGCCGGGUAUGCAACAAAUAAGACCGUGACCCCGAUGGCGCUAGACAAAACGAUCGUUGGCAUGGUCUAUAUCUUCAUGAUAGUUUUUAACCUCGCUCUGGGGCCAGCUGUUUGGGUAGUCACAUCUGAAAUAUCCACUGGACCUAAUCGCAGCAAACUUAUGGCAAUGUCUAGUGGAACAAGCUGGGUGUGCAGUUGGCUCGUGACAUUUACCUUCCCUUAUCUCUUCAAUACCGAUGCGGCUGGUCUGCAAGCGAAAGUUGGCUUUAUAUAUGGGAGUCUCAUGGUUUUGGCUACUGUCUGGAUCUUUUUCUUCCUACCAGAAACUGCUGGUAGGACACUAGAGGAAAUUCACAUAAUGUUCCAGCAUGGUGUGGCGGCUCGAAAUUUCAAAAGUGAGUAUUGA